UCUUUCGUGGUGGAAAACUCUCAAUCAAGAUAAACUCAUCAUCAUCAUCGCAUCUAUCGUGGCAAUCGUGGUUGUUGUUAUCAUAAUCUGCCUAAUAAUUAUAAUCCUAUGUCGAAGAAAACGAGCAGAUACAAAAUUCAAUAACCCUCUGGAAAUGGAAGAACGAGAAAAUCCAGAUGGUCACCCAUCGAACAUUUCUGACCAGUACCACUGGCCUCUACAACCUGGUGUCCUUGUUCAGAUCAACAAAAUGAAUAAUGUUAAUAUCAGUCGGAUGACUUCUGGAGUCACUCCAUUUAAAACUACUUCAGUAAUGAGAAUAAGAACAUUUUCGAAAUAUAAAAAGAAAAAAUCGAAAGUAUAUGCCAGGCUGGAGAAAUUGAAAGAUUUCUUGAGCUUGAAUGCUGGGCGAGAACGAAUUCCUUCUGGAAUAACACCCAGCGAAAAAGGAGUUGUGACGUUUAAGAAAGUUCAAUCCAGCUCACCGAUACAAAGACCUACAGUCAUUGCCAGUCGUAAGAGGAAAAAACCAGGGGCAGCACCCAACCUAUCUUCUAUAGAAGAUAAACCGAGGCUGGGGGUUGCCCUACCGCUUGGAGGUACAGCAGACCCCUCAAAUGACCCUGAUAAAGGAUUUUACGAAAAUCUUCCUUUCCAUGGCAUGCAGAAUCCACCAAAUAAGCCCAUAUCAAUAAUAGCGCCAUUUACUCAGGGAAAUUCUGCUCAAGGUUUCACCUCCUCAACCAAGUCCUUGAUUUCCUCCAAUGAAGCUCUUAAUUCAAAUAAAAGCUUCCUUCCAAUUUGUAAAAAUUCCAAAGACAUCAAAAGGCACCAAUCAUUCCAUGGUUUUCAGUCCACCAAAUCUGAUCCAAUAACUUUCAUGAAUUCCCAACAAAUUUUUUAUCUAGCCGGAAACAUCGGAAACUCUCAGUCGCGAUCCAUCUCAUCUCAACAAUUGAGAACAAUGAACUGUUUUCCAACACCAUCAGUUUUCGAUAGGCUCCCUUCAAACUUUAAUCGAAUAUCGGGUUUCAACACCAUAUCAGGAAUAUCACUGCAAAAUGAUAAAUUUCCGAAAAAUGGUUUACCACUAACAAUGAAUCCGUUGUCAAUGACCUCUAACAGGGUAACUGGAAGAAACGAAUUGAAAUAUGAAAUUCGAAGAACUGCAUCUGGAAUGAAUUCUUCAAAAGAAGAGACAUCUGAAAUGAUAGAACCUAAGAAGAGAGACAAAAAACCGACAAAUCGAAAGUUACAUACAAUAGUCGAAAAAAGAUUUGGAUCUUUGGAUAUCAGAAAACACAAAUGUUACUCUCCUACUUUUUACUCUAUGCGCUGUAAGAAACAUGCCAAAAAACGUCCCAUUAUUGUUACUCUGCCAAGAAAAUGUUUCAGUGACAUAUCUCUUUGUGAUCAGAAUACAGAAAAUAAAAAAAAGGUUCCUACUGAUGAUUCAACCAACAGUAUCGAAAUAACCGAGGACAUUGAAGGAAGUCCAAGUACAGAUUCAAUCCCCAUUCCUGCCCCGCGAUGUAGCAGAAAAAAUAAGUCUGAAAUUGUUUACGCCAAUAUUUCAAAUUCUUUUGAUGUUAAACACGAAACUGACAUGAACAACGCAUCCAAUACAUCUUCAGAAAAUAGUGAUAAUGCAACAAAUACUACUUUGACAACCGAAGUAGUUAUUCAUACAAAUGAUGAAAAAACUAAGAAGGCAGAUUUGGAGGUCCAAACUCAUCAAGAUAAAAAGUCAGAUGAUGAGUUAAUUCACAAACCAAAGCUUGUUGCGAUGAGUCCGAAGUCUAAUUCAUCAUUCAUAACCAUUUCUCCAAUCGCUCUCAAAAACUCACCGAUACUCAAAGUCAGCCCUAAUUUCAUCAAACCAAAAACGGAAAGUCCCAAAGGAGCUUUAUCCCUCCAAAUUAAAUCUAAAAUGAAGCUAUCUCCUGUUCAAAGUCCGUCCGAUAAGCCCAAUAAAACUAUCCUCAUUUCUACCGGUGAGAGUGAGAAAGAAACUACUGAGCAAUUUCCUAAUGUACCGCAAAUGCCUAUAUUGCAACCCUCGAAUAAAUGGAGCCCUAAUAUUGCUAAUGCCAACGGUCAGAAUGCAUUUUACACGUUAACAACUCCUCAUUAUAAACAACACAACGUUGUGCCACCUCAAUAUUCAGCAACAAUACCUCAUCAAAAACAUGUGAAGCUCUUGCCUAAAGCUUUGUUCCAAGAACAAGUCCAAAAAAGUAAGUCGUUCUCUUCGAAGUCCAAAUCGAAGAAACAUCAUUUCCAAAUUCCGCUUCAGAAGUGUCAUAGCUUCAAAUUCCAAACAGCCGAAAGUUACUUUCAGCCCAUCAAAAAUAUCCACGAAGAAAAUUUGAUGAGGAAUGGUUAUCUGUCGGAUUAUCCAGAAAGUAGUCAUCGACCGCGUCAUACAAAGAAAUCCAAGAAGAAUACCAAAGGGCCUCUUGUACUCAGAGGGGGUAGUGACUAUCAGGAGAACGUACAUUUCCAGGAAAAUAUGCAAAACUCCGUUCAGCUGCAGUAUCCCCAACCUAUGCUUGGCAGAAGCAUGCUUUCUCUUACUAAUAAACCUAAUGGUAUUGUCUACGCAGAUUUGGACAUUCCGACUACUACUAGUAGAAAGGGCUCGCGUGAGUCAAGCCCUUUCACAAGUAAAUCUCAAAAUUCAAAACCAAAGACUGAGUAUGCGACUCUUCAGUUUAAUGACAUCGGUCAGGAAAUUGAUGUUUAACAUACGAUUUUACGUUCAACUUAGAGUAAGACUAAUGGGACUACCACUACUGCUAGUGAUACCUAUAUUUUCUAAGCCUUAUAGGCCAGAUCCCUGUGAUCUAGACUACGCAGAUGUAGAUUACAAAUCUUACGGACCCAUCAACUACAAAGCUGCGUCUGUUUAUGCUGCAGUGAAGCGGGCAAGAAAUAAUAAUAAACUUGAUGAAGUGGAUAAGGAAGAUCUUCUGUG